UCAUUCUUCUCCUCUCAUUCCAUGCACUCCCCUCCUCUCCCCCCCCUCCCCCUCUCUCCCUCACUGCUUCUUCUCCAUCGUAUACCGAUUCGGAUAAAAUUAUAAUUAUAUCGAUAUAUAGAUAUAGAUAGAUACAGAUAAGUUUUAUUUUAUUUAUUUAUUUUAUAUUUGAUUCUGAAUCGUGGCGGUUGUUUUGACUCCGGCCAAGUGAUGACUCGGCGGUGCUCGCAUUGCAGUAACAACGGGCACAACUCUCGUACGUGUCCUACGCGCGGUGGCGGCGCGUGCAGCGGUGGCGUGAGGCUAUUCGGCGUUCGCUUAACCGAUGGCUCCAUCAUCAAGAAGAGCGCUAGCAUGGGGAACCUGUUGGGGACACACUACCAUUCUUCUUCCUCCAACACCGCUUCGCCGAACCCCGACUCGCCUCUCUCGGAUCACGUCCGUGACCCGGCUAAUGUUCCCGAGGGCUAUCUCUCAGAUGACCCGGCUCAUGGCUCCGGGUCAUCCAACAGGCGCACGGAGAGGAAGAAAGGUAUUCCAUGGACAGAAGAGGAGCAUCGAUUGUUCUUAAUUGGGCUUCAGAAACUGGGGAAAGGUGAUUGGCGUGGUAUAGCACGAAACUAUGUUGUUUCAAGGACUCCCACCCAAGUGGCUAGUCAUGCCCAGAAGUAUUUCAUUCGGCAAACCAAUUCUACCAGAAGAAAAAGACGUUCCAGCCUCUUUGACAUGGUUCCAGAUGAUAUGGUCACAGAUACACCUUCAGUGCCAGAAGAACAGGUAUUGUUGCCUUCACCAAGUGGAAGAGAAGCUGAUAAUGGAAAUUCAUUGCCUUCGUUAAAUCUUUCGCUCAAAACAGAGUUUGAACCGAUGGAAGAGACAAUUAAAGAAGCUGAAGAAAUUCUCACACCAUCAACUAGGUUUGCACCCAUUAUGCCUGGAUUCUUCCCAGCUUAUCUACCUGUGCCUUAUCCUAUUUGGCCCCCAAAUGCUGUUCCUUUCGAAGAACAGAAGGGUGUAGAGACUUCUAAGCAUCAGGUCCUAAAACCAAUUCCAGUCCUUCCGAAUGAGCCUGUCUAUGUUGAUGAGCUGAUUGGCAUGUCUCAUCUCAGUAUAGGUGAAAGAGGGAAAGACCACAGAGAGCCUUCGCCACUAUCUUUGAAGUUACUCGGUGAGACAUCGAGACAGUCAGCAUUUCAUGCAAAUGCUUCUGUAAAUGGAUCAGAUAUAAACAAGGGUACCAAUGCAAUUCAAGCAGCUUGAGUGUUGCUUAUUUUCUUUUUUUAUCUUCUGAUCAGGGUGACAUUCUGUUUUACUUUUCUAAUUUGAUGAUAGUAUUUACUGCAUAGGUUAUGAUUGAUACCGCCAGAAAUAGUAAUUAUUUUUUAACUGUAAACAACUAGUAGUUCAAAUAAUUCAAUCAGUUUAGCAACAAAA